UUUUCAAGCGAGUGUCUCUCUCUGUCUGUAUAUUAGUGAAAUAUGGCAGAAGCUCAUAUUUUUCAGGACAAGUUCAGCUGUUCAGUGUGUUUGGAUCUCCUGAAGGAUCCAGUGACCAUUCCCUGUGGACACAGUUACUGUAUGAGCUGUAUUACAAACUGCUGGGAUCAGAAUGAGAUGAGAAUCUACAGCUGCCCUCAAUGCAGACAAACCUUCACACCAAGACCUGUUUUAUUUAAAAAUGUGAUGUUUGCUGAAAUGGUGGAGGAACUGAAGAAGACAAAACUUCAGACUGCUGUUCCUGCUGACUCUUAUGCUGAAGCUGGAGAUGUGGAGUGUGACGCCUGUACUGAGAGAAAAUACAAAGCUGUCAAGUCCUGUCUGGAGUGUCUGAAGUCUUACUGUCAAAAUCAUCUUAAACAACAUGAGAAUUUCUUCAAUGACAGGAGGCAUCAUUUGAUGAAUCCCACCAGACAACUUCAUGAGAUGAUCUGCUCAAAACAUAAUAAACAACUAGAAAUCUACUGUCGCACCGACCAACACUGCAUUUGUUAUCUGUGUACGAUGGACGAACAUAAAAACCAUGAUACUGUGACAGCUGUAGCAGAAAGAACUGAGAAACAGAGAGUUUUGGGAGAGAGACAGAGAAAAUUACAUCAGAUAAUUGAGGAGAGAGAGAAGGAGCUUCAGGAGCUGAGAGAGGCUGUGGACUCUUAUGCGCGCUCUGCACAGACAGCAGUGGAGGACAGUGAGAGGAUCUUUACUGAACUGAUCCGAUCCAUUGAGAGAAGACGAUCUGAGGUGACACAACUGAUCAGAGAUCAGGAAAAGACUGCAGUGAGUCGAGCUGAAGGAGUCAUGAAGCGUCUGGAGGAGGAGAUUGAUGAUCUGAGGAGGAGAGACGCUGAACUGAAGCAGUUUUCACAUACAGACAAUCACAUCCAUUUCCUACAGGGUUUUCAGUCUCUGUCUGCAACUCUUGAGUCUUCAGUCUCACACAGAUUUACUCUCAGCUCUCUUUUCUCUUUUGAUGAUGUGAGAAAAUCUCUCUCUCGACUGAAAGACAAACUGGAGGAUUUCUGUAGAGAGGAGAUAGAGAAGAUAUCUGAUGAAGGUAAAGUAGCAGAUAUUAAUUUACUCUCAAACAAAAUCACACAAGAAAGAGCACUGUUAGAGUCUUAUGAGUUCACACUGGAUUCAAACACAGUUAAUAAAUACAUUCAGCUGUCUGAUGGGAACAAAACGGCUACUUACACUAUCACAGACCAUCAGUAUCCUGAUCAUCCAGACAGAUUUGAUCACUGGCUGCAGGUGUUGGGUAGAGAGAGUUUGUGUGAAAGCUGUUACUGGGAGGUUGAGUGGAGUGGUGAUGUGUUUAUAUCAGUGUCAUAUAAGAGCAUCAGCAGGAAGGGAAGGGGUCAUGAAUGUGUGUUUGGAUAUAAUGAUCAGUCCUGGAGUUUGUACUGUGAUGACUACAGCUGCUCAUUCACUCACAAUAACAAACGCACUUCACUCCCUGUAGUCUCAAGGUCCUGUAGAAUAGGAGUGUAUGUGGAUCACAGUAAAGGAUCUCUGUCCUUCUACAGCGUCUCUGAUACAAUGAACCUCAUACACAGAGUCAACACCACAUUCACUCAAACACUUUAUCCUGGGUUUAACAUCUUUUCAGGUUCAGUUAAGUUAUGUAAUCCAGCAGUGUAGAUGACAUUAAUAUUCUGUAAACUUUAACUGAAGAAAAGAAAGCUUUUUGUCCAAAAUUUGGUAUUUGAAGACACCUACUCAUAUUUAAGAGGUUAUAAAAGAGAACAAAUGAAGAUAGGAUAAAAGUUUUUUUUCCGUUUUGAUUGUUUAUUUGUUUGUUUGAAAGCAGAUUUUCUGUUCUUUCAUUUAAUAUAUUUGUAUGUUUAUAUAUUUAUAGAAGACAAUUUUUGUGGAAGGCAUUUUGUGAAACUUUUGUGAAAAUCAGCCUAAAAAAAGGCUGGCGGGGAAUGAGAUUAUUUUAAUAAUUAAUAAUGUUCAAUUCAGGGUUAUAGGGGUUUCUUCUGAAAAUGAAGAAGUGAGUAUUAAACACACACACACACACACACACACACACACAUAUUCUGGUUUCUAUGUUUUGUGGGGACAUUCCAUAGACGUAAUGCAUUUUAUACCGUACAAACUGUAUAUUCUAUUCCCCUAACCUACCCCAUUCCCUAACCCCAACCAUCACAGAAACCCUUAUCCCAUUUCACAUUUUCAAGAAACAUCAUUUUGUUUGAUUUAUAAGCUUUGUUUCCUCAUGGGGACAUCAAAAUGUCCCCACAAGGUCACAAAAACACUGGUAUUCCUAUCUUUGUGGGGAAAUUACCAGGUACACACACACACACAGCGAGUAAAGUGAGUGUAACAAACUUCAACCAAAAGAGGGAAGCAGUAGAUAAUAAAUAUAAAACAUCAUUACUUUAUUCAUUUAUAUCCUCUGUGACAUUUACAUAAUGUAUACAAAUCCUCUAUGACAAAACAAUGAGUCCUGUUCAGUUUUAUGCUUUAUCCUCUUAUUUAUUUACAGACAACACUGAGAUACAAAUUCAACAACUGUUUGUAUUUGAUGACCCGUUUGAUAUCUUGGGUCACAUUUAGACUGUAAAUUGUGUGUUUUUAACUUGUGUAUGUUUAAACUUUAUUAACUUGAAUGCAUUUUAACUUGAUCUUGAACUACAGCACACUUGAUGAACAAUUUGCCCCAAAUGUUUCUUAUAUUUUAUGAUCCAUUUGGUUGUAAUACUGUGAUUCUCUAAGCAACAACUGAAAUAAGUUAUGAUCAUGGUUAUUAUGAGAGUAAGACACAUUGGCUUUUGAAUUUUUUUUGUCACAUCAUGAUAUGAAU